UUCGCUUACGGAAACAAUUUACCGAUCAUGUUUUAGCUUAUCUAAGGAUAAGAUAACUGCGACCUAGAUUAAAGUUUAAACACGUAUUGUGCUGUGGCUUCAGACAAGAUGUUGUCUCGCUACGUACUGUCGCAGGUGAAACACAACGGGUACUUCCUGGCGGGGCUGGCGUUAGGGCUAUGGCUGGCUCUGGCGACGGUUCCGCUGGAGGACGCACCGACUUGUGCUGCACCUCCGCUACCUGUUCUAGAUGACUAUGAGCCACAGCGCGAGGAGAGGCCUGAUCAUGCGGCAGUGGCAGCCGGGCGGGCAGUACAACGUCCCCGCUACUACAGCACGGAGCUGGGAAUGCGAGCACCGUUGCUGGCCGGCGUGCUGGCUGGCGCUGUGGAUGCUCGCACCGCUGCCAUCAAUGAUACCGCACAUGUCCUGCAACCUGCUUUGAAGUUCUUCAUCACUGCAGACAGCCGCCAGACUGCAAACAGCCUAGCCAACGUGGUCGGUUUCACGGACUCCCGCGCCCUACUCCGCCCGUUCCACGCGCUCAAAUACCUCGCUGACAACUUCCUCGACGAAUACGACUUCUUCUUCUUAAGUGCUGACACAGCUUAUAUCAACGCGAGGAGGUUGAAACAGCUGGUGGCCAGUAUUAGCGUGUCGCAGGAUGUCUAUAUGGGCGUUGUUGAGGGUGACAGCCAGUAUUGCUCGCUAGAAAGCGGCAUACUCCUCUCAAACAGCGUACUCCGCGCAGUACACAACUCUCUCGACUGGUGCGUGCGGAACUCCUACUCGCCGCACCACCACGAGAACCUCGGACGUUGCGUACUCCACGCGGCGCGCACGCCAUGCACUAGCUCUAUACAGGGUGAAACCUACGUCUCAGCAACGCUAUCGGAACUCAACCUGACGCCAUCUUUAGCGGAUGCGGUGACGGCACAUCCGGCUACACCGCCGCAAGUGUAUUCACUGCACGCGUACGUCUCCAGCGUGCAGCUCUCGAGGGCCAAGGAGGAAACUAGAGCGCUGCGGAGGGCUCUGCACAGGGGCAUACGGAGCCAUCCGCCUGGAUUCCGCAACGGCACCUGGCCCGGUGGGCUGCGAUCGGAGCCCGGGCUGGCGCCGCCGCCCCCCGACUCGAGGUUCGACCACCCGCGCUGGGUCGCCUUCAAUCGCUCGCACGCGUACAUGCUAGACGACCUCACUGCCGUCCGCGCUUUACCCAGAGCGCAUGCGGAGGCCCUAGAUAUGGUAUGGGAGACCGCCCGUGCCUGGGCGCUAAGACAAUUUGGGGCUCGCGAGGCGGCCUUAGUAGAAGGCGCCAUGCGAUGGGAACCUGCCACCGCCCUGCGGUACCGACUACUACUGAGGCUCACGGGAGACAAGGACAGCGGACAGGUAGUGCGUCUUCGGCAGUUAGAAGUGGUCCGGCCUUUAGGUGCGGCGCGGUUGGUCCCUGUUCCAUACGUCACGGAAUCCGCCCGCCUAGCUUUAGUGUUGCCUGUUCUACUGACAGAAUACGCUUUACAGCAGCAAUUGGACGACGCUGCUGCCUUCCUUACGCGCUACGAAUCCGUCUGUCUGAACAAGGAUAAGAACACUAAUCUUGUAAUUGUUAUAGUGACAGAAGGCACAGAGCCCGAACAAGCGUCCUCGCUUCGCUCGGCGGCGACAGCCCUAGCCAAUAGGCAUCACGCCAAUAUAGAGGUCCUGUCAGCAACACUGUCUUCUGUAGACGACACAGAAAUACAACGAGCGGCGCGCGCAGGGAGAACGGCUUUAGAGGCGGGGCUGCCGCGCCUGCCGCGCGACUCACUUGUGCUACUCUCUGACGUCGCCAUGGAGUUCAACGAAGAGUUUCUUAACCGGGCCCGUAUGAACAGUAUAUCAGGCGUCCAAUGGUUCCUCCCGUCGGCCUUCGCUCGCUACAGCACAUACACUCACCCGAAAGUGGUCGCGCCCGACGGGUCAAGGCCGCAGCAUCAUACGGGGCGCUUUACACCCCGUGACCCCGUACUGGCUGUGUACAAGCAAGAUUAUUUGCAAGCGGAGUCCGAAUGGCGCGCCCGCUUAGGGUCUGAAUCAGCGUCACCGGCCUCAAUACUUGCGGCUUCUCGUCUACGAGCACUGCGAGCGCCGGAGCCCGGCCUCGUGCUUCAACCGUCGGCCCCGCCCUGUCGAUACAGCGAGAAUCGCGGGUCAUGCCUAUCGAAGCUUCGCGAAGCAGGAGAGUUCGAGUUACUCGAGCUAGGAGCGAAGCACGCACUGGCUAAACUUGAACUCGAGGUGAAGGCCGAACUCGAAUGACAUCAUCAUCAGAGUAGUGUUAUAGCGUAGUCAGCGUUAAAAAUGGGUAGAUUUUUAAUUUGUUGUCAUGUUGUCCAUUCCUCUAUUUUUUUUUCUAAAUACAAAAAAAAAAAAAUAUACUUGACUACUCGGAAUCGUGAACUCUCAAUUACCCGGGAGAAAAUUGUCUCACAUGUUUUCCCAUGUGUGUAAUAAUAGUGUAACAAUCUUUUACUUGUUAGGACCUUGUAUAUUUCUGUGGGCCUAGUGAAAAAGGGUAUAACUCAAAAGGUCACAAGACCGAGAUGGGACUUGUGCCCUUUUUCACCGAGUCAAUUUGAGUUAUACCCUUUUUCACUAGGCCCACAGAUUUGUCAUUUAAUUUAGUUAUGUUAGAUUAAGCACAGCUUUGCAUGCUUUUUCAUCUAUUUGUAUGGGGGCCGAGCGUGUCAGAUUUUGUACUGAAGUUGUUA